GGUGCGUAUGGGAGCUUCUCUUCCGUUAACCGCGUGAAACCCUGCUCCUCGCUUCAGCAGAAUGUCCGCGGUAAAAGCGCUCAACCCGAAAGCAGAGGUCGCCCGGGCUCAUGCGGCCCUGGCUGUGAACAUCAGUGCCGCCCGCGGACUUCAGGAUGUGCUCAAAAGUAACCUGGGACCAAAAGGAACCAUGAAAAUGCUUGUGUCAGGUGCAGGAGACAUCAAACUCACCAAAGAUGGAAAUGUUCUGCUGCAUGAGAUGCAAAUCCAGCAUCCUACCGCUUCAUUGAUUGCCAAGGUGGCCACAGCCCAGGAUGAUAUCACAGGAGAUGGCACGACAUCAAAUGUGCUCAUCAUCGGAGAGCUUCUCAAGCAGGCAGAUCUCUAUGUCUCUGAGGGUCUUCACCCCAGAGUAAUCGCAGAGGGCUUCGAGGCUGCUAAGGACAAAGCUCUUGAGGUGCUGGAGGAGGUAAAGGUCACUAAGGAGAUGGACCGAGAGACGCUCAUCAAUGUAGCUAGAACCUCACUCAGAACCAAGGUCCACAAUGAGUUGGCUGAUUUACUCACAGAGGCUGUGGUGGAUGCUGUUCUGACCAUCAGGAAACCCAAUGAGCCCAUUGACCUGUACAUGGUGGAGAUCAUGGAGAUGAAACACAAAACUGACAGUGAUACACAACUGAUCAGUGGUCUGGUGUUGGAUCAUGGUGCCAGACAUCCCGACAUGAAGAAGAGGGUAGAGGACGCGUUCAUUCUCACCUGCAACGUCUCCCUUGAAUAUGAGAAAACAGAGGUAAACUCUGGGUUCUUCUACAAGAGUGCGAAUGAGAGAGACAAGCUGGUGAAUGCUGAGAGGAAGUUUAUUGAAGAUCGGGUGAUGAAGAUCAUUGAGCUGAAGAACAAAGUUUGUGCAGAUAACAAGAAGAGCUUUGUGGUCAUCAAUCAGAAGGGUAUUGAUCCAUUCUCUCUGGAUGCUUUGGCCAAAGAGGGCAUUGUGGCACUGCGCAGAGCAAAGAGGAGGAACAUGGAGAGACUGACUCUGGCCUGCGGUGGUGUAGCCAUGAACUCUGUGGACGACCUUACGCCUGAGUGUCUGGGACACGCUGGGCUCGUAUAUGAGCACACACUGGGAGAGGAGAAAUACACGUUCGUUGAGAAGUGUGGAAACCCUCGUUCAGUGACGCUGCUGGUGAAAGGGCCCAACAAGCACACCCUCAUGCAGAUCAAAGACGCGGUUAGAGACGGACUCCGAGCAGUCAAAAAUGCCAUUGAAGAUGGUUCUGUUGUGGCCGGGGCUGGUGCGUUCGAGGUGGCUGUGGCUGAUGCUCUGGUCAAACACAAGCCCAAAGUGAAAGGCCGAUCCCAGCUGGGUGUGCAGGCAUUUGCUGACGCCCUCCUUAUCAUCCCUAAGGUUUUGGCUCAGAAUUCAGGCUACGACCCGCAAGAGACACUUGUGAAGCUGCAGAGUGAAUACAAAGAGUCUGGACAGCUGGUGGGAGUGGACCUGAGCACAGGUGAACCAAUGGUAGCCGGCGAGGCCGGUGUAUGGGAUAACUACAGUGUGAAGAAGCAGCUCCUUCACUCAUGCACUGUAAUUGCCAGUAACAUUCUUCUGGUUGAUGAGAUCAUGAGGGCUGGCAUGUCUUCACUCAAAGGGUAAAUGUAGUCCAGCAUCAAGACACCCAACAGGAUGAAGAGGGCUGAGAGCGAGCACCAGACGCUUGGAUCUCUGCGAUCAAUGACAUCCUGCCCGCCAGGACUCAGACUGCGAGCCUAAGCUAUUGUCAUCACCUGUGUCUGCUCAUUCUACAUGUUCAACUAAUAAUGUCCACUUGUUAUGACCUAGGAAAUGUCACUCCCCUCCAGUCAGUUGGUUUAUAUAUGAGAUUGUGUUAAAGCAGCACUGAAUUGCAAUACUUUUCAUUUGUACCCAUUAAAAUGUUUUUGGUUCA